GAGAAACCAAGUUUGUGUCCAUUUCUCGGUUUUCUAUAGGCCUCUUACAAAACGGAGUUCAAGUUGGCUGUGCUAAUGCAAUCAUUUUUCACUCACAUUCAAAGUGUUAAACAGUUAAGAAAAAACUUAAUAAAAACACAUCGAAAAUUUCAAAAAUCUGUGCGUACAAAACCUAAAGUCUUUUAGACCAUGUCUUUGCGACGAAGCAUAAGGAUUGAGCUUGCUGCCAGGGCUGCCGCCGCCACCCGGAAUGAAACUAGUAGCGCCGUCCAGCGUACUGCAACCCACCGCAUAAGGAAUCGGCGUGCUGCCACCGCCACCCGAAAUGCUACUAGUAGCGCCGUACAACGUCAUGCUACCCACCGCAUAAGGAAUCGGCGUGCUGCCACCGCUAUCCGAAAUGCUACUAGUAGCGCCGUACAACGGCCACGGGGCGGUGGCCCCAAGGGACGUCUUGUCCGUGAGCUAAAAGAAAUAAUGCUCAAUCCAACGGACGGUUGCCAUGUGAAGAUCGUUGAAGACGAUAUAACCCACUGGCACUGCAUUAUUCACGGCCCUUCCAAUUCUCCCUAUGAGGGAGGGCACUUUAAAUUGGAUGUAUUAUUUCCAGAUAACUACCCGUAUGUCCCGCCUCAUGUACAAUUUACGACUCAGAUUUACCACUGCAACAUCACCAGUGGCGGCCACAUAUGCCUGGACAUACUAUCGAACAACUGGUCGCCUAUCUUGACGGCAGAUAAAGUUCUCCUAUCGAUCAUGUCGCUGCUAGCAGAUCCCAAUCCUGACGACCCCAUGGAAAUCGUAGUUGCCAACAUGUACAAGAGGGACCGAGAGCAGCACGACCGAGUCGCCAGAGAGUGGACCACACUCUACGCCAUGCCAUAAGUUAUAUUUUGAUAAGCAUGCACAUAAUGCACAGUAACACCACCCAGAAAUUCAUACCCAUAUUCAUGCAAAUAUCAGAAUUCUUAUGACAAUUUCCUGAAGAUCUUUAAC